ACACCAACACAAUAAACCUAAGACACCUCCGAUAAAGAAAUUAAUUUUUCAUGAUCUAAUUACCCUAACUAAUCAAAAUGGCCUCAAACUCUCUUCCACUCUUUCUAUCUCAUGCCACAUUCAUCUUCCUACUCAUGUCCACCACCUUUCUCAACCCUACAACCGCCAAGAACCGCCACGUGUCCCCGACGCCGGCCCUCCACCACCCCCAUCCCCACCCCCGCAAGAAUGCGACGGUUAUUCGGCUCCGCCAGGCUUAUGACGCGCUCCAGUCCUGGAAGCGCGUCAUCUAUUCAGACCCGCGACAGUUAACCUCCAACUGGCGCGGGCCUGACGUGUGUGCCUACAACGGUGUCUAUUGCGCCCCCCACCCCAAUGACACCUCCGUGACCACCGUUGCCGGCAUCGACCUCAACCACGGUGACAUCGCCGGGUUCCUCCCGGAGGCGCUCGGCCUCCUCUCCGACCUCGCUCUCCUCCACCUCAACAGCAACCGCUUCUGCGGCGUCCUCCCCCACUCCCUCUCCAACCUCUCCCUCCUCUUCGAGCUCGACCUCAGCAACAACCGCUUCGUCGGCCCCUUCCCCGCCGUCGUCCUCGGCCUCCCCUCCCUCCGGUACCUCGACCUCCGGUACAACGAGUUCGAGGGGCCGUUGCCCCCCCAACUCUUCAACGGCAACCUCGACGCCAUCUUCGUCAACAACAACCGCCUCACCUCCGUCAUACCGGCGAGCCUCAGCUCGAGCUCCGCCUCCGUCGUCGUCUUCGCCAACAACCGCUUCGGCGGCUGCCUCCCACCGACCAUCUCCAAAUUCGCCGACACCCUCGAGGAGCUGCUGCUCAUCAACACGAGCAUCUCCGGCUGCCUGCCGGUGGAGCUAGGGUUCCUCUACAAGCUCCGGGUCCUCGACGUCAGCCACAACGACGUCGUCGGCCCCAUUCCGUACAGCCUCGCCGGAUUAUCCCAUUUGGAGCUGCUCAACCUCGGCCACAACAGGCUGAGCGGCGUCGUGCCGGAGGGGAUCUGCGUGCUGCCCAAUUUGGCCAAUUUCACCUUCUCUUACAACUUCUUGUGCGAUGAAGAGGGAAUUUGUGGGAAUCUCACGUCGAGAGGAGUUGCAUAUGAUGAUCGGAGAAACUGCCUGCCGGAGAAGCCGCUGCAGCGGAGCAAGAAGGAGUGUGAGGCGGCGCCGCCGGUGGAUUGCUUCGAGCACGAAUGUGGGAGGACGGAAUAUGCUCUCUCUGCAACUCCGCCGCCACCUUAGUGGAAUUUGCGGCGGUGUUGUAAUAGUGUAUAGUAUGACUUAAUUUGAAUGAAACUAAUACUUUUUUUAAAUUAAAUAAGUGAUGUGUGAGUAAUUGUGGAUCUUGUGUGUAGUGUUGUUUAUUACAACAAUAUUUAAUAUAUUUAUAAAAACAAACUUUUAUUUUGAUGGAUAAA